UUUUUUUCCUUCGGUUGGAGGCCAUGACGGGAGCCUGGGAGUUCAGCUGGAGCCCGAAAAGAAGAUGAUUCCCCGGGACGAAACUGUCAAAUCAGCCCGUGCAGACGUCUGAUCUUUGUCUAAUCUAUAUACAGCCUGGGUGGAGUCUGUCACUUUUUUGUUGUUACUUUUUAAUUCGUUUCAAAUGUGUUCUUGGCGAUCAGUCGAUGGCAAUGUUGAAUUGUUAGGAGGUUUUUGGAUCGAAAAAGGAGGCUAGCACGGCUAAUGCUACGUCUUAUUAGAGACUGGGUUCUGGAGAGCCGGUGAGUUCUCGCCAACCAACCCUUUCGCUGUCAGUUGCGACAGCCGUCUUCGAGCCACCGCUUCGUCCGACAUCGUGAAAGCCGCUCGGAAGGGUCGCUGCAUGUAUUUUAUUCGGGGGAGUUCUUGGCGAAACGAGUCGCAGGAUUGGGGAAAGUCGGGCCUGCGCGGAGGAGGAGCGGAGCAAGGCCCGUCUUUAUGAUCCAGAGAAAGCCUUUUCUAAUCCUACAUCCACCGACAGCCACUGGCUAGCUCUGCGGGCUAGCACGCGUCUCUGCGAGGGACCUGCAAAAGACUACGAAACACUUCUGGGAAAGAGAGGGGAGGAGAGAAAAAAAAAACUCAUUCGUUUUCAUCGCUUAUCCCAUAUGGCUACAAUGACUGCGAAAAUAAAGGAAAUUGUCAGUCGGAACAAAAGGAGGUACCAGGAGGAUGGUUUCGACUUGGACUUAACAUAUAUCUACCCAAACAUCAUUGCUAUGGGCUUUCCAGCAGAGAGGCUCGAAGGCGUGUACAGAAACAAUAUAGACGAUGUAGUACGGUUUUUGGAUUCAAAGCAUAAAAACCAUUACAAAAUAUACAACCUCUGCGCAGAAAGACACUACGAUGCUGCCAAAUUUAACUGCAGAGUUGCACAGUACCCCUUUGAAGACCACAACCCCCCUCAGCUGGAGCUGAUUAAGCCGUUUUGUGAAGACCUGGACCAGUGGCUCAGCGAGGACGACAAUCACGUGGCGGCCAUCCACUGUAAAGCCGGGAAGGGCCGCACCGGAGUAAUGAUCUGCGCUUAUCUCCUCCAUCGCAAAAAAUUUCCAGAGGCCCAAGAGGCGCUUGACUUUUACGGUGAAGUUAGGACAAGGGAUAAGAAGGGAGUCACGAUCCCGAGCCAGCGCCGAUACGUCCAUUACUACAACUACCUACUGAAGAAAGGGUUGGACUACAAGCCGGUGGCGCUGCUAUUCCACAAAAUGGUGUUUGAAACGCUCCCCAUGUUCAGCGGAGGCACCUGCAGGGACAGUACCGUUAAAAACAGGAGUGAGCCGACCCCUCAGGGCUUCAAGAAAGGGAAUUGGCAUUGGGAUCCGCAGUUUGUGGUCUACCAACUCAAAGUGAAGAUUCACACCUCAAACCCAGCUCAUACGCGACGCGAGGACAAGCACAUGAUUUUUGAGUUCCCUCAGCCGCUGCCGGUGUGCGGAGACAUCAAAGUGGAGUUCUUCCAUAAACAGAAUAAGAUGCUGAAGAAGGAUAAAAUGUUUCACUUCUGGGUGAACACCUUUUUCAUCCCCGGGCCAGACGAGAGCGGGGAGAAGAUGGAGAACGGGGCAGUGAACAACGUGGAGAGCCAGCAGGGAGGAGCGGUUCCGGGACAAGGCCAGCAACAGAGCGCCGAGAGCAAGGACGGCUGCAGGGAAGGAGACAGGGACAAGGAAUACCUCAUCCUGACACUUACGAAGAAUGACUUGGACAAAGCCAAUAAGGAUAAGGCUAACCGCUACUUUUCUCCAAACUUCAAGGUGAAGUUGUAUUUUACAAAAACCGUGGAGGAGCCAAAUUCCGAGGCUAGCACUUCGACAUCCGUCACCCCGGACGUUAGCGACAAUGAGCCAGACCAUUAUCGAUACUCUGACACCACUGACUCUGAUCCGGAAAAUGAACCCUUUGAUGAAGAGCAGCACACGCAAAUCACAAAAGUGUGAACUCUUUUUCUUUUUCUUUUUUUUUUUUUAAAGCAGGAAAGGAAGAAAAUAUACACCUGAGAAGAAAAAAAGACAAAGAAAAAAAAAAAGGAGAAAACUUGAAUAUAAACUCAAAAGAAGAACCUUUGUCCCGCCCCUCCCCCCUGACGGCAAUAGAAUAUCAUCAUGUCAAAUGCCAAUUUUAGAGAAAAAAAAUUGACCAAUAUAUUGUUUUUUUAAUUUAAUUUAAUUUUUUUAUUUUCCUGUUUUGUAUUUUUUAUUAUUAUUUUUUUUGGCACAGCAAUGUACCAUAUGCGAGGUAUUGACACUGUUGCCCCAAUGAGAAAAGGAGCUGUAGCUAUAAAAAAAUGUGUUUAUAUAUAUCUAUAUACAUACAUGUAUAUACAUAUAUACAUGCAUAUAUAAGCAAACUUUUUUUUUCUUUUUUGUCAAAGACAAUGGAAAGAAUACCACAAUCAGGAGACGGGAGUUGAAGUGUGGGAGAGGUUUGAAUGAAAUACUAGGACUAUGCUGCUCCUUCUCCUGUCUAAACCAAGGCCAGUGCUGCAGUCACUUUGUUUCACUCCCCUCUUUUUCUCCCCUCCCCCCUCAUCUUUUUACUCCACCCUAUCCAUCUCCCUAUAUUCCUUUACUGUGAAUGCUUCUUGUGCUCUUUGCAGGCUGUCUCAUGUGACUUUUGGCCUUUUGUGCAGUGCAAACUGCAUGCAGGCAGUGGGGCUGGGGGGUGGGUGGGGGUGACGAAGAGGCUGUGAUGAUGUCUAAAGCAUUGCCAUUCCUGUUCCCACUGUGUAUAUGUUUAAAUUAUGCAGAACAAGGCAUCCCAUGUAAUUGUUAAUGUUUUUUUUUAUCCUAAGAUAAUAAAAAAGUUAUAAUACACAAAAAACAGCAGGGAGACAAGUGUUUGCAAUAAUGUCAACACUACAUUUAAAGGACAGUGGUGAUUUGCAUGUACUGGAAUUGGAGUCCAUCCCUUAAUAAAUGUAUGCAAUGUUGUCAUUUCUUAAAGAA